GGGGGGUCAGCCCUGCAAAGUCGAAGCAAGCGCAACAGCCCGGAGAGCGGCAGCAGCGACUUCGCCGCCGCGCAACUUUGAUGACAGGCUCUUCGGAGCGCGUCGCUGGUGAAUGUUCAGGAGUUCCUUCUCAGCUCCGCGGAUCGCAAUGAAGCUCCUGUUUUGCGUGGUGGCAGUUAUCGUGGCUGUGACCGCUACCCACGCAGGGGACAAUUCUGAUGAGCCAUGUUCCGGUUUGGACUGCAGCGGUGGGUGCAGGUGCAACCCGGAAAAGGGAGCCAGGGGUCGUCCGGGGCCUCUCGGUGAGGUCGGGCAGAGCGGGGCAGAGGGGCCCCGCGGCAGCCCCGGGCCCGUGGGGCCCAAAGGAGAAAAGGGCCACAUUGGCUUGAAAGGACCAUCCGGACCCAAAGGAGACAAAGGACCGAUGGGAGUACCUGGAUUUCAAGGAAACGAUGGUGUCCCUGGUCACACCGGUCAGCAGGGUGGCAGAGGACCACCGGGACUGGACGGCUGCAACGGGACCAGAGGGGAGCCCGGAUAUCCCGGCUAUGGCACCGGCGGGCCGGGGCAACCAGGAUUUGCAGGACCCAUCGGGCCGAAGGGUCAAAAAGGAGAACCACGAUACGUCACUGAUGGCGGUGUCACCAGUUUUCCUGGUCUUCCAGGAGAAGACGGUCGCCCUGGCACCAGAGGUCCCGAUGGUCCAGUUGGGUUUGCUGGUCCACCCGGGCCGGAGGGAUAUCCCGGCCCCCCGGGUCCUCCGGGUCCACCAGGGCCGAUGGGGAGUCGUAGUGACGGAUAUCAAGGCGAGAAGGGAGACAAGGGCGACUUGGGUCUCCCGGGACCGAGUGGGACUCCAGGUGACGGGUCUCUACGGAGCGAACAAACCCUCACCAUCUACAAAGGAGAUAAGGGUGAACCUGGACCGAAGGGGCUCCGUGGAUUCCCUGGAAACCGUGGGCCUCCUAGCCCUUUUGGGUUCGCGGGGGAAUUUGGAGAGAAAGGAAUACCCGGAUACCCCGGGGCGAGAGGUAGUCCGGGUUUUAACGGACCUCCUGGCCUGCCUGGACAACAGGGCUUCAGAGGGACCCCAGGAUUCCCCGGGCAACCGGGAUACAUCGGACCCAAGGGAGACCAGGGAGAACCGGGACUCCCAGGACCCCCCUCUUUUGUCAGCGGUCCAAGCACUUCCGUUCAAGGACCACCAGGAGAAACUGGCUUUAACGGGCUUCCAGGUGCACCCGGUGACCAAGGGCCUCCCGGGUUUCCAGGCCCACCUGGCCCUCCAGGAUUUGGGCGGUUUGAUUCCGAUCGUCCCCCCAGCUCGGGUUUCCCAGGUACCCCGGGCCCGAAGGGGGAGAAAGGUAGCCCCGGCGUACCCGGCUACGGCACAGAAGGACUCCCAGGCUCUCUUGGACCUCCCGGGAUUCCAGGGCCUCCUGGACCUCCUGGACCUCAGGGCCCCUCCAGCCCACCCGUUGAGCCCUGCGUCAUCUAUCCCGAGGGGGAAAAGCCCACUGUUUCACCCGGUGUCAGCAUUCCGGGGGUCCCGGGGCUGCCAGGUACCCGGGGACCGCCGGGAGAGCGAGGACGUAAAGGCUACAGAGGGGAUCCCGGUGACUGCGAUUGUAUCGGCGGCGGAUCUUCGGGUCUGCCCGGGACUCCCGGUUCUCCGGGCGUCAACGGCGGCCCCGGCUUCACCGGGCCAAAGGGUGAGCCCGGUGACCCGGGCUCACCUGGCUUUGGCGGCCUUCAGGGAUCCCCUGGCCGCGCUGGCGAACGUGGUUUCUUUGGCCGGAAGGGAGAAAAGGGGGUGUCGUACUACACCACUUUUGGUUUCGGAGUGAAGGGAGAGCUCGGCGCUACUGGGCCCAGAGGACCCAACGGAGAAACGGGAACACCGGGCAGGGACGGAUCGCCCGGCUUCCCUGGACCCCCCGGUCCUCCAGGGGAUGCUGGCUUUGGCACGCGCGGAGAGAAAGGUUUCCCGGGCUUCCCGGGAAUCAAGGGGCGUCCCGGAGGGCCCGGCGAGCCCGGCGCCGGCUUUGCCGGUACGCCUGGUUUCCGAGGUGAGCCCGGAGAACCUGGUUUUUCCGGACUGCCGGGGCCACCAGGUUACCCCGGACCAAGAGGCGAAAACAGCUGUGGAGAGGUUUUUGACAGCGAAGAGGGAACGGGUGACGUACGUCGGUGCAACGUCGUCGGUGAGGUGGGACAGCCCGGUUCUCCCGGCUUACCCGGACGACCAGGUCCCAGAGGUCAGGCGGGCUCGCGAGGAGGCCUCGGACGUCCAGGAUUUGAUGGCAGGAAAGGGGAGAGAGGAGAGCCCGGCUUUGGAGGGCAGCCCGGACCGCAAGGUUUCCCGGGACCCAGAGGGGACGCCGGAGUACCCGGUAACCCGGGGCAAAGUUUGGACGGGGGCAGGGGAAAGGACGGUGUCCCCGGACGACCUGGAGCCAAGGGCCAGCCUGGAGAAGUCCUGGGGGCCACAGCGGGGCCUCCAGGACGAGAUGGUUUUCCCGGAGCUCCUGGAGACAAAGGCCUGCCCGGGACACCAGGAGGAGCCGGAUCACCUGGUCUCAGCGGGCGCUCGGGGGUUCCAGGCCUGAAGGGCGAGUGUGGCGUCGACGGUUUUCCCGGGAUCCCCGGUCCUCCUGGACCCCCGGGGGAUCCAACCGUGGAGGUCCCCGGCCCGCCAGGAAUCGAUGGCAGCAGUGGUCCCAGAGGCUCGCUAGGCUGUCAAGGUGCUCCCGGUCGGAAAGGAGACAGAGGAGAUCCAGGUUUCCCGGGACCUGCUGGGAUGAAGGGCACCCCGGGACUACCCGGUACCCCUGGGUCACCGGGGCCAAGGGGAGCCUCCGGCCCUCCAGGACCGGGAACGAGGGAGGGAUUCCCGGGAAUACCAGGAGGGAAGGGCGAGCGAGGUUUCCCCGGGAUGAGGGGCUUCCCCGGACAACCGGGACGUCCUGGAAGUCCAGGAUUUCCUGGGGAAAAAGGAAUGCCCGGGGUUCCCGGAAGAGAUGGACUUUCUGGGGGGCCCGGCUACACCGGACAGAAAGGUGAGCCAGGGUUGCCCGGUCCCGCCGGCCCGCCCGGCCCUCGCAUUUAUACUGUGAACCCAGGCAGAGGAGAUCCCGGAAUCCCCGGAAGCACUGGCGUUUCUGGCUUCAUCGGGCAAAGAGGUGACAAAGGACUUCCAGGCUCGCCGGGCCGUCAGGGUCUGCCCGGGCUUCCGGGUUUUGCUGAACAGAGCAAAGGGCUGCCGGGACAACCCGGUUUCCCCGGCCAGCCGGGAUUCCCCGGCGGCCCCGGUCCUAAAGGUGAAGCUGGAAUUCUGGGAUUUCCUGGCAUGAUUGGAUCAAGGGGAGACGACGGCCUACCUGGUAUCCCUGGCAAUCCUGGACAGCCUGGUCGUCCCGGUACCAAGGGUCAGCCUGGGGAGUCUUUUGGCUUUCCUGGCGCGCCAGGAUUUAAAGGCCAGCCCGGAGAUUCAGGAUUUCCAGGUGGGCGUGGCAAUAACGGCGCCCCCGGCGACGACGGCUUCCCGGGAAGUCCUGGUUUCUCUGGAGUCAAGGGAGGACCUGGAGAAGCUGGAUUUCCUGGAAUCACGGGUUCACCUGGUUACCCCGGACCAAAAGGUCAGUCUGGUUUCCCCGGAAGAAGAGGGCCAGACGGAACCCCUGGUUCACCCGGAGGCCCGGGUGGUCCCGGACCGAAAGGUCUUCCUGGAUCUUCUGGUUUGGAUGGGCUUAACGGCCUCCGUGGACCUAAAGGCCUUCCUGGAACGCCUGGGGCAAGUGUCAGAACACGCCAGGGUGCCCCUGGCAUUCCGGGUUUGAAGGGCGAGAGAGGCGUCUCCUACCCGGGAGCGCCAGGAUCCCCCGGACAGAAGGGGGAGAGAGGAGAGUCGGGUGGUCCCGGACUCCCGGGAUUUCCCGGGCGACCCGGACUCCCCGGUCGGUCAGUCGGCUCUGAUGUCCCGGGGCCAUUGGGCGAUCCCGGCCUCCCUGGACUGGAUGGAGAGUUCGGUUUGACCGGUCCUCCAGGCCUUCCUGGGCCGCCUGGCCCAGGCACGGAUCAGGGAGAGAGAGGGGAUCCUGGGUUCCCGGGUUUCCCUGGGACCCCUGGCAGGAAAGGAGAACCUGGGAUCCCCGGAGGCCCCGGAAUCCCUGGCAGUCCUGGCUUCAAAGGACUACAAGGGGACACUGGAUUCAGUGGCGGCCCAGGUCUUAAGGGUUUUACCGGUGACCCUGGCUAUUACGGAAGCAAAGGAGCCAAGGGCUUCCGAGGCGCUCCAGGUCCAAAGGGUCGCCCCGGUAUCACACUCCCCGGGACAUUUCAGCAGUUUGAGCGACCCUUCGGAGAUGUCGGUCCUCCAGGUGACCCCGGACCCAGCGGCUUCUCUGGACCGCCCGGUCAGGCCGGGAUGCCUGGACGUCCAGGUUCAAAAGGACGUCCUGGUUCUGUUGGUAAACUGGGCCGCACCGGUUCUGUUGGUCUGCCCGGAGCAGUUGGCGACCCGGGUCCUCCGGGAUUUCCUGGACCCACUGGAGAACAAGGCCUUCCCGGCGCCGUCGGUCGGCCCGGCGGUCCCGGCUCGGUGGGACGCAGCAUCAGCAUCGGCUACACUCUGGUGAAGCACAGCCAGAACGCGCAAGUCCCGAUGUGUCCUCAGGGCAUGGCCAAACUGUGGGACGGUUACAGCUUGCUUUAUGUGGAGGGUCAAGAGAAGGCUCACAACCAGGACCUCGGUCAGCCCGGGUCCUGCCUGCCCAGGUUCAGCACCAUCCCCUUCCUCUACUGCUCCCCCAACGAGGUCUGCUACUACGCCAGCCGCAACGACAAAUCUUACUGGCUCUCCACCACCGCGCCCAUCCCCAUGAUGCCCGUGGCCCAGACGCAGAUUCGGCCUUACAUCAGCAGGUGUUCGGUGUGCGAGGCGCCGUCUCAGGCGGUGGCGGUCCACAGUCAGGACCUGAACAUUCCCACCUGCCCCCCAGGCUGGAGGAGUCUGUGGAUAGGCUACUCCUUCCUCAUGCACACAGCGGCCGGAGCCGAAGGCGGCGGCCAAUCCCUGGUGUCCCCCGGCUCGUGCCUGGAAGAUUUCCGGGCGACGCCGUUCAUCGAGUGCAACGGCGCCAAAGGGACGUGCCACUACUUCGCCAACAAGUACAGCUUCUGGCUGACCACGGUGGAUCCCAGCCGCGAGUUCGUCUUCUCGCCGGUGCAGGAGACCCUGAAGGGAGGCCAGGAGCGCUCCAGAGUCAGCCGGUGCCAAGUGUGCAGCAAAGUCUUGUAGAGGUGGGGGAGGGGGGAGAGCGAAAAAGAAAGCAAGAACAUGUGACUGAAAAAGUCUCCUCUUCUUCAAAAUAGAUUUUGUCAUCCACUUUCGGGAUGUGGGGGGUGAAAAGAUGAGUUUAUCACUGACAAAGGUGCUACAUUUUGCGUGUUAUAUAAUGUCUUUGCUCCUGUCGGAGGAGGGAGGGGGGGGGUCGACGACUAUUCUCAGGGCGACCUCAGAGCGUGCCGACUUUUCCCAAAAGUGCCGCGCCUCGUUAACGGUGCGCAUGCGAAAUAAAAACCACUUGACCCAGGAACACACUUUGUGGUGAAAUGUAUACACGAUACUUUGCUCCCCCCCCCCCCCUUCACUUAUAUUUCCACUAAUUGGAUUUUCGGCAAAAAAAACGCCUUAGUAUCAGAUGUGAAAUCGACUGCAGUGUCAGUAUUAUUGGGUCAUUCAUUUUCUGCCAGGCUACCCCCCCCCCUCCCCCACAUUAACGACGACAAAACGAUUAACGACGACAAACGUGACGACGCUUCGGUUUCUAACCUUUUGGAUUCUUUUCAAUCGGCGCGCGCGUGUUUUUUUUUUUUUUUUUUUUUUUUUUCUCUCGUUGAGCUCCUCAACCGGUGCUACUCGGAGCUGCACUCAUCAGAGCGGCGCUUUCCCCACAAAUUCCCCUCACACGGCGACCCGACACCCGUUCUGGAUGGAUGACUUGAACAAGGCCACAUUACAUAUUUUUUUGCACUGACAAUGUUUUGGAAUAAAUAUGGCAAACCAAAGCACUUGCCGGGCUGUUUACCCCACCCCCACCCCCACCCCCACCCCCUUUCCACUAUUUGUGGUCCACUAAAAGUAAUCCAGCACAACAAACGCUUGUCUUAUAGAAUGUUAAUUAUUGCUGUACAUAGUUUUUACUUUAUUUCCCUUUAUCUCCCCCGCAUUAAUACUUCCAGUGCUCUGUUUUGAUAUUCUUCUCAUUUCUGUAACAGUUUUUGAAUAGAACGAGGUUCUCAAAGAUGUACUGCUCAGUUCCAAAUGAUAUAAAUAAGGGGAAAAAGAAGAUUUUGGACUUGGAACCUACCUGAAAUGUAUUUUAUCAUGAUACUAUCCAUUAUUUUUAUUUACUGGGAAAGAAGCGAUGGACAGACGGCGUGUACAUCAACAUUUGGGUGGGGGGGGGGGCCUUUGAGUGUUCUAUAUGGAAAAUAUAUAUUCACUCUGAUGAUCAAUUGAAUAUGUUAUGGAGCCAGUUUUACCAGUGACGAGAAAAUAAAUGUGGUUUUCCUCAAAGAGGACCAGAACCAAAGAAAA